ACUUCCAUCAGAAAACUCUAGUGUUCGUAAUAAAAAAAUAUAAUUGUGGAUGAAAUAAUAAGGGUUACCAAAUAAGAUAGAAAAUAAUAUAAAAUCACAACCCUGUAAAGAAAGCAAAAGGGCGGAACGUUGGAUUCCUCAAUGUUAACAAGAACUGGACGGAUUCGAUAUUUCCUCUUCAACUUCAGAGGGGCACAUGAGCAGCAUUAGAAGGUCGCUUAAAUGUGCGGUGCUUGCGGAGGCUGAACCAAGAUCUACCUCCUCCGUGGAGAUCUCCUUGCCUGCUGAGUAGGCUCCUUUGUGCCUGCAAAGUGGGCGCGAUCUGAAUGCCGAGCAGGCGUGCCCUAAUGCCGCCGCACCUUCUUGUCCUCCUUUGCAUCCUCGCUUCCUCCGCAGACGCAGGAAUAUCGCCUGCGGGAGGGGAAAAGGGGGGGACGUUCCCGAGAAAUGCUCAACCAUCUGGCGCUGAGGAGGAGCAGCACGCGCGGCACGCCAAGAUCAUGGGCCAGCAGGACACGGAGAGGUAUAGACUCAUCCCAGUUCAAGGUCGCGGCAGUGAACAAAGGCGGGUACGCAUGGGCAGUGCAAACGGCACAGUUAGUGCUCCCAGAGUAGUGUUUGGUAACAUAUCAAGUAGUAACAAUGACAGCGUCGAGCAGGUGGGGUCUUCUCGGAUCCUUCAAUCUGGAGGGUCACAAAUCCUUCACAAAACCGCGGAGCACUUCCGACAUAAAACGCCCUGGUCGAUCUACCCUUCGAUAUCGAGCACCCGCGGAACACCCGCCCUCGAGAAUAAUACGCCACGCCCCCUCCAGCAAGGAUUAGAACACGCGACUUGGAGAUCUCCCCAGCUGGGCCAGUCUCCCCUAGCGCGUCCUUUGCUGCCCGAGCGAGGUCUAUAUCAGAGUGGCGUCGGGGGGAGCCACGAGAGUCAAGGGCGGAGCGGAGAGAAGGAGGCCGUAACUCCGUCUGGCUCUAAUCUGGCUUGGUGGAAAGGGAGCCUGAGGAAUGGCCAGAGAUUGCACAAUCAGUCUUUCAGCUGUGAAAAUCUUACGUCGUCCUCUUCAAAGUUCAAGUCGGGCUCCUUCAACCAACAGCCUCCUAACUCAGCUGAAGAAAAUAUCCAAUUUCCAGAAGAUGUCACGUUCCCAGACGCGGCAGAAGCUGAUAACUUCCCUGAAGAAAAUUUGUCUGAGAAUGAAACUUUAGCCAGUAUCAUGCGCGAAAAGUUUCAAGGGGAUGGUAGUAUAUACGACCAAAGUGUGGCCGAAGUCAACAUGUUGCUGGGCCGCUCCCUAGAUCUUGCGCAUGAGAAUGAGGUUCGCCAAAAUCUUUCUUUUAUAUCAAAAUAUAUUUACCAAGGUUCUCAGACCGGAGACAGUAUAGAUGGAAAAUCUUCUUCCGAAAAAGGAAGGAAAACGGAGAGCAGUCGCAAGAGCCAUAAAGAGAGCCGCGAGAAGAUGCUUGUAAACCCAGAAUUACGACAUCAGUCUUUGAAAUCAUUAAAAGAAGGAAAACAACACAAUACUACGCCCUCUCCACACUUGUCAGAUACGAUUGCUGAUACAACUAGUGAUAAAAUUAACCAUCAGAAUUCUCUAAUUUACAAGCCUGAUGUUGAUGUACAAGCCACAUCAUCUCUGAGGAUAAAACAGUCACUCGCGACUGAUACGAGUAAGCCCAGUCAAAAACGUGUUGACAAAAUUUAUCCUCAAUCGAGAGCGGAGAUGGCUAGCGAAAAAUUAGCUUCAGGUAAUAACUUACCGACGAUGCAGCCCUUCGAAAGAAACUCAGAUGACAUUACCGAAACAAGUGAUGGGUUUCCCGAAGUUUUAAAAUUUCCUUUGAGGAUGAAGAGAGAAGUGAUGAACUUCGGGGUACGCGAGGAGGACGAACAAACGAACAAGCAACAGAGAGAGCAAACAGGGGAAGACAAACAUUACCCGUAUGAGGACAGCAUUAACAGGAGGCCACGCCAGGGUGUUCACAGCCCGAGAGGAAUAGAGGUCCCUUUAGUAAGACACGGUCGGGAGAGGCUGUCGAUCAUACGGAAAAAAGUCACGAGAAACCAGACCAGGAGUUACCACACGUUUCCCCCCAACAAGUACUAUAACAUAUUCAUCAAGAACUUCCCUCAAAUAUUCAAGAACUACCACACAAAGCUACCCAACCAACACGCCCAUUUACCUGUGAAACGGAUCAGACAGCAAGUUAAUAAAAUGGUCGACAGCCGAGGGACAGAUCACGCCAAGAAGGAGGCAGGAAAAAUGUCGAAAGCACAUACCCCUCACGUUGCCAGGCUGGUAGGAAGAGGGGAAAAGGCUUAUGGCAAAUCACCACAGCAACGCCACGCCAGGAGUAGAAACCGUGCGAAGCGCCACGACGCGGGAGGUGUGGGCGCUGGCGGGCGAGGACACCCUGCUGCCCUGCGACCUCGGGGUCCGGACGCCGAGGGACGCCAUCCAGAUGGUCAUGUGGCUUAAGGAGGGCAGCCACACGCCGCUCUUCAGCGUGGACUUCAGGGAACAGGAGCGUGGAAGCCCUCAGAUAUGGCGUGACAACAGCUCGUCCACCGCCCGUCGUGCUCUCCUGUACCCAGCUGAGGAAGCUCGGCAGUACCGACCUACCGACACUUUACUGGGAAGAAGAAUUAACGACUUCGGAGAAACUGAGGAAGAAGAAGAGGAGGAGGCUACUGAAGGAGGCAUGGAAGAUGUGGGUGGCCUUAUCGUACGGGAGGUUGAAGUAGGAGAUGCUACAGUGUACCGCUGCCGUGUGGAUUUUCUCCUCACGGCUACUCGCAAUGCCAGAGUCAACCUCACCGUUGUGGUCCCGCCCACGAGCGUCGGAGUGGCGUGGUGGCUUGACGAAGAAAGAGGCUCCAACACUGGUGGGGAAGUUGGCCCUUUCAGAGAGGGAGAUUCGCCAACCCUUAUUUGCUAUACAAGAGAUGCUUGGCCUCCUCCUCGAGUGGUGUGGCUGGAGGAAGAUGUUCUGGUAGACAAUUCCUUUACGAUCGACUCUAAGAACGAGGCGGUGGUGAACAGUAUGACCAUCCUGAACGUCACCCGCGCCCACCACCUUCGUCGUUACAUGUGCAACGCUACCAAUUCGAACCUCACCCGCCCAGUGUCCGCGACGGUCCUCCUGCAGAUGUCAUUACUACUGCGAUGCGUAAAGAUGGACAGCGUGCCCACUUCAGCGGGAUCGGCCGAGUUCCAUGUCACUCUGGGUUCCAGUCCCCCGGACAGUCAUUUGGACGAUGUAGGCCACGCUCCCUUCGCCUAA